AUGGAACAAGUUGGCAAGUACUUCGUUAUAAUUGCAUCAUUAAUGUCUGUUGAACUGACUGUUACGGAAAGUAAAAAUGAAACUAAACCGAAAAUUGAUAGACGGCACUACCAAAUGCCACUCUUUAUCAAUGUCUGCGAUAUUGUCGAUCGAAGAUCCAAAGUACACUGCUACUGUGACAGUAAUAAGCCCAAAAUGGCAACUAGAGCAGACUGCUGGAUAUUCGGUGGCGGAUUAACCGAGGAUGAUCCGAUUUGGCCAAGCUUUUCCUCUCAAUCCGAAAUAGAACAUCUCAUGUUUAACGUUCGAACCGAUGAUGCGUUGAGUUUUGUACCAGCUAAAGCCAUUGUUAGGCUUGACAGACUUAAACACUUGUCUAUACAGUUUGGAACGAUCAAGAGAAUUUACCCAUACGCAUUUACAAAUUCAUCAACUUUAAAACAGAUUGUUUUAAAAUCUAAUAAAAUUGCACAUUUAGAAAAACAUGCCUUUGCCCAAAUGAUGAUGCUCUCAAAUUUGAGUCUGGAUGAUAAUCAGAUUACUGAACUUAAGAGAGAGGUGUUUUUUAAUUUACCAAAUUUGCACGUAUUAAAUUUAUCAAAUAAUAAUUUAAGUCUUUUACACGAAGGUUGUUUCAAACAUUUAAAUAACCUGAUUGAACUAAAACUAGAUUACAAUUAUAUAACAGUUAUUACAAGAGAAACGUUCGAGGGCUUGGAGAAUCUAUCUCGUUUAAACUUGAGAAACAAUAAGUUGGCUAUGGUCGGUAACUUAGCGUUUAGCGAGUUGUGGGGAUUGAAAGAAUUGAUGUUAGAUAACAACGGUAUCGAAUAUAUCUCAGAAAGGGCUUUCGGAGGACUGACACAGUUAAAGAAGUUGACCUUAUCUGGGAACAAGUUGGCAACUUUUUAUGAUGACAUUCUGGAAGAUAUGAGGAGUCUUAUUGUCUUGGAUCUAAGAGACAACCUAUUGACGACAAUAUCAUAUGAAACCAUACGGCCCGUUUUGAACAACGAGAAAUCUCAGUCAUCAGUAGUUUAUUUGGAUGGUAACCCACUUAGCUGUAACUGCCGUUUAUCUUGGAUAUAUGUGCUCCGUAAUGAAACUCAGGAUAGUACUAUGAAACAUGCUCUUGAAAAAAUAUCAUGCGUUUCAGACCCAACAAAUGAUAGACGAAUAAGUGAACCAAAAGAGGAAGAGGUCGAGAAUAGUAACAUUUUAGCAGAUGAUCAUUAUGAUUACUAUGAUAAAAGUGACGAUUAUAGUAAUGACAAAGAAAAAACUAAAAUAGGUACAGCCAUUAAGCUGAUAGAUAUACCCUUAGAGACUCUCCCUUGUCCGAAAGAAUUAAUGCAGUCGAUUGAGGAAACGUACGGCCAUCCAGUGCAAAAUGAGAUACGAUUAAAAGCCUUCUCUAGAGUUGGAAGAGAUUUACCUAACUUUCUAUUCUUCUUGACAUUGUUACUACUAUUUUAA